UCACUCGUCGUGCUGUGCGUGCCCCUGUCUCUGCGCAACCGCCGGAGAUCUCGUCGUCCACCGUCCUGCUCCCCGCGCCCCCAGCGAAUCCGCCCACCUUUCCAAAUGGAGACCUGUCCUUCCGUGAAGAACAUCCUGUUGCUGGACUCCGAGGGGAAGCGCGUCGCCGUCAAGUACUACACGGAUGAUUGGCCCCAGCUCUCGGCGAAGCUGGCCUUCGAGAAGUCGGUGUUUGUCAAGACCCAGAAAGCAAGUUCCGGAGCUGAGGCUGAGAUUGUGAUGUUUGAUGGCCACAUUGUUGUGUAUAAGUUCAUCCAAGACCUACAUUUUUAUGUUACUGGAGGAGAUGAAGAGAAUGAACUUAUUUUAGCAUCAAUUCUUCAGGGAUUCACUGAUGCUGUUGACCAUAUUCUGAGAAAUAAUGUUGACAAAAGAACAGCUCUUGAAAAUCUGGAUCUGAUCCUAUUAUGCCUCGAUGAAAUUAUUGAUGGAGGGAUUGUCCUAGAAACCGAAGGAAGCGUGAUAGCUGAGAAGGUAGCAGCCCACGGGGCAGACGGUACUACAUCAAUUGCUGAGCAGACUCUAGUUCAGGCCCUGACAACAGCAAGAGAGCACUUUGCCAAAUCACUUCUCAUGUGAUGUGGUCUGCCCUUUGAGAUGAAGGCUGGCAGUAGCAUCCUGCCAGCUAUGACUCCGGGGAUCAAUAUGUUCAUUUCCUUAGCAAAAGAAAGAGGGAAAAAAAUAUCUGAAUCUAUGGUUGUAAAAUGACACGUGUCUCUGCUGGCACUAUAUGAUUGUUCAGUUUUGCAAUUGUCCAAAAUUUGUGUAGACAAGAUUGUGGAAUGUGAUUGUCACAGUUUUGAUUU